AUGAUAAUAAAUGUGUACAGAACAGACAGUGGAAAAUACCAUUGUGUGGCUGCCAACAGCAUUGGUAAUGCCAGCUCAGAUGCUGCUACAUUGGUUGUAGAAUGUAAGUAUUUAUAAUAAUAAUCAUAAUAUUUAAUGGAGGAGGCCAACUAGCCAAGGCGGUUUUAAGUGGGGCCCAGUGAGGUAUUUAGAGAAUUCUUCUAACUUAUUCAGUAGAAAGUCAGCCCGAAAGUGUGGAAAACAGUCAUUUUGGUCUUGCAGGUCAUUUCAAUUGGUUCAGCCAUGUCUUCUGUAAACAUUAACGACCAUUGAUUGUCGAAUUCAAAAAGAUGUUGGCGCCUAUAUAAAAAACAGUUGGCAAUCACCAAAGCGAGCCGAGUAGACAGCGGAGCAUACCGAAGUGUGGCGACUAACAGCCUUGGAAAUGAUACGUCUAUGGCUGCUGUGGUAGAUGUCCAGUGGAACGAGUUACUUGGAUCAUUGACUAGGGCUCGUUUGUCCUAAAAAAGGCCGUAAUGUUUUGGUCGAAAAAAAGGUGUACGAACCCCGCGUUAAACAGCGGCUUUUGAGCUUCCCAGUUUAGAUAAAUUCAAGGUCGCCAGUUUUGUACUGUGGCUCUUAAGGACGCUUUCUUGAGUUACGAAUUACGUCAAGCGGCAGACAGGUCUGCUGCAGAUGUCCACAUGAAAGGAAAAACAGAUACAUGUUGAGAAAAAUUUGACGCGCGAAAGAAUUAGCGAGAAAAGUAAGAAAAGCUUUGAAAUCGCACUGCUUUGUAGCUAUGGACACUUGAGUAACUGUUUUCAGCGUGCAACUGAAUAAUAAUUUCUGUUUCGCGUUGAAAAAAGUAUGCAAUAUACUUCCGUUUGAUAAUUCUCAUAUCCUUGAAACUUACCAAAUUUGCACGAUUUUCUAAUUGUUAAGUGUGUUUUUCUUUAGUUGCACCUGAAAUCUCCAUACAUCCGAGGAAUGUCACAAUAGUAAGAGGAAAUAAUGUGACUUUUAGUUGUUCAGUGGUGGGGAACCCAACACCCAGUGUUGUUUGGACAAAGGAAGAAAAAGACUUAGAUGUAUCAGCAAAUGGCCGAAUUAAAUUGUCCUCCAGGAACGAUAAUCUCAGUUUAGAAAUUGGGAAAGUUCACCUCUUGGACUCAGGGCUAUACAGAUGUGUGGCUAAUAACAGCAAGGGUAGAUCAUCUUCAUCAGCAGCCAAACUCACAGUGCAGUGUAAGUAAUUCGCUUUAAAUGUUUUCAGAUAUUACGCAGUUUAGUUCCAAAAGCCCUGUAUUGUUGUGACAUGUAGUAAUAUAUUGUAAUUACUUCGUUACGUGCAUAAGCUGCAUGCCGUAGUAUGAUAGAAGAGGAAAACGUUACUAAAAAAAAUUGAUGAAGCCAUUAGUAAAUGUUUGAAGUCAUAUCGUUUUACCUUAUCAGCAUCGAUAUCCUUAAAGACGUCACUGAAAACUGGUAAUCAAAUCUCUGUUCGACCUGCUCCCUAUAAUCUGUCCUUGUCUUUUGAGCGGAGAAAAGAACCCUCAGAGUUUAGCAAUAAUUAACAACAAUUCCAAUUUCUUGUUCUUUUUUUGGUUCUGUUUUUGUUUUUAUUUUUCCUAUAGAUGUACCAGACCCACCAAAGGAUGUCAAAGUGAUUUCAAGUGGAUCACGGGAAGUGAAUAUCUCUUGGACAGUUGGUUUUAAUGGAAAUAGCGCCAUUCAGAACUACACAGUGGAAAUCAGAGAAGAUAAGCAGACUUUCAGAGAUGCCAUAUGUUAAGGAACACUCUUAAAGAAUAAUUGUGUGAUCAAAGAGCUGUUUCCAUGGACAACAUAUUACCUCAGGGUGUUUGCCAGGAACGUGAUUGGUAUUAGUCACUACAGCCCUGAAGUAAAUGUUACCACCGAUGAAGAAGGUGCUCUUUUUUUUCAUCUUAAGUUCCUUAAGCUUUUCGUUUGAUACUUUUAAUUUGUACCUGUAUUUGGAGAUUCCUUCGACAACGGUAUCGCAAGAACUGAUAAAUUGAUUAAGUUGAGCUUUUAUUACCUGUAUUACAUUUACUUUGUGUCAUUUGUUUAUUUGUAUGUUUUGUUUGCCUUUUUUUAAUUGGUGUGGUCUCUCUUUUUAAAGUUUGUAUUAGGCUUUCCCUAUGCCUUAAGUUGACUUUGUUGAGUGGAAAUAUAUUGCUAUUAUACUAUUGGGCUUUGUUUGAAAAACUCAAUACUACACUUAUGUUAUUUCUUGUAACUCACAGAGAGAAAUUUGCUAUUGUUUGCUUACAGUACCAAGCUCUGCUCCACCUUUUAAUGUGACUGUCCUCAAUUCUACUGCUGUUCACGUUUCUUGGCAGGUAUUAGAACCACUUUAGAGUUUCCUUCUCCACUUACACCCACACAUGUACACACACAUGUAGCAUGUACUAUAAUUAUCAAGUAAUUGUGGCUAAAAGAUAUCAAUAUUUAUCAUGGAAUUACCAAUUAUUGUUGGGAGAGACUGAAAACCGAAAGAAAUUUUGGAGCAUAGUUUAAAUGCUGUGCGAGUGAAUUAUUCCUGAACAUGUAAAAAUUGGUAGCAGUUUGAUAUCUUUGUUGAUUGAUUUCAAUCUAUUUGGCUUCCUCGUCACAAUUUAGUAUUAUUAUCAUUGUAAUCUAGAUGCUCGCUAAGCAAGAUGCUAAAGGUGCUAUACUGGGCUAUUACAUUCUGUACAAGAGAAAAAGCGAGCCAAAGGUAUCGUGGAAGAAUAGAACUGUUGACAGAGCGGAGACCACUUCUUUAGUUUUGGCGUCUCUAAAUGAGUACACAUCAUACCAGUUUGCCAUACAGGCCUUUAACCGCAAGGGUGUCAGCGGUCGGAGUGAAAUUGUGGAAACGAAGACAGAUGGAGGUGGUAAGUUGCUUAAACAAACGUCCAGUUGUUUAGUAGAUUUAGUAGAUAAGGAUAUUAAUUGUGUUUCUUUAUUUUGGAGAUUCCUUUAGAAGUGAUAUCUCUUCACAACUGAUAAAUUGAUAAACCAUAACAACCGGAUACGUGUUCAGGUCUUAGAACAACUUUCAACUAAAUGUCAAAGUAAUCCAAGAUUUCUUCGGUUUUCCUCUACUUCGUUAUGUGAGUGGUCCAGAAAAGUCGCGCCCGGUCCUUACAUCACGACCGAGAGCUAAAUAUUUUCCCGUUCGGCCCGACCAAACUCAGUCAAUGAGCAUUAUAUCCUGUUAUGGCCACUAUGUGUUGAAAUUCGAAACUUGAUUUGUCUCAACCUAAAUAUGACGAGAUAGAUGUAAUUUUAUUCAAAUGUUUCGUUUGUCUUCUGUGAAUGUGGCUUUGAUUUGAAUACUUCACUGGGAAAAUUUAAUCGGAUUCUUUGCUUCUAAUUUCUCACCAAAAGUAAACUUCGUUUGGAUUACUGAGAGAUGUUCCGAAAACUACGCAAACUCCAAUGAAAUCAAAUUACUGCUUACGAGAUUUUCAAGCCAGAAGGAAAAUCAUGAAAAACGCGGUAAAGCUACUUGAACACAAAACCUUCACUUUCGCAAGAGCACGUGGUCUCGACUACAAUAUAUGCUUGAGUGACUUAAUGUAGACUAAUAUCGUGCGGAUAGAACAAAAAACUAAAUUGGACGCUACAAAAAACUAAAUUGGACGCUUCGUAAUCUACAAGUUGAGAUUUGAAUUUUUCUUUUUUAAAUUCGUGACCUGUUUUGCUGUUUGUUUUGCUUUGUUUUGUUUCAGCAAAACAAAAUCAAAUAGAUGAUCUGCUUUUCGUGUUUUAAAAUUUAGUUAGUGAGUGCGAUUACCCCACUUAGUAUGAAAUAAUGUUUUAAAUAAUAUAUUAAGCGAGAAAUUUUCUCUUGGAAAUUUUUAUCACAAACACCAAAUAGUAUAGACUUUACAGCUUUCCUUUGUUGCCAAAUUUAGGUUUCCAGAUGAACUUCCUUUGCUACAACUUUAGCGGCCAUUUUUUUUCCCUUUAAACUUGUCGUCGCAAUUAAAACUACUACAGCUUGGAGCGCUUUUGUUUUAUUGGUUUUAAGAUGGCAAAGGUUGGGUUGCGAGAGUCGCUUAGGUCAUCAACUAAGACCUGUACUUCUCUCCAUCCAGGAGUAUGAUUAGGUAUCCGUUUACCUCAUUACUAUGUAAACUUCUUGGGGAAAGAAUAUCAUGCAAAGUGGUUUUAUCGAAAUAAUUAAGAGAGAUGUGCUUAUUAUUCACGUUCUAUAACGAGUAUCCGAUCCAAUGUACAUUUUAAAAACUGUUGAUCAAUCUGGUCUACCUCUUUUGGUGAAGACGGAUAAACCUUCAAGUGAAAUUGUAAACUUUAGUGUUUAUUGAAGUGUUGUUUAAUUCCUUAGCUAUUCCAGACCCACCACAGAACAUUACUGUUGACACAAAGGGUUCAAGAGUUGUAAAUAUCUCCUGGACGGCUGGUUUUGAUGGAAAUCGUGCCAUUGAAAACUUCACAGUGGAGAUCAGUGAUCACGAUCAGAUCUUUAAGGACGUAGUUUGUCAAGGAUCACUCUCAAGCAUUGCAUGCGUGGUUUCCAGUCUCUCUACAACUGCCUCUCUCACAGGUCUUUUUCCUUGGACAAUAUAUAACAUCAGAGUGUUUGCUAGAAACAAAAUUGGCAGAAGUAAUAGCAGCCCUAUUCUGAAUGUUACUACAGAUGAAGCAGGUAUGCUACUUACUCUAUGCAGUUUUUUUGCAAUGUAUGAAAAGAAUUAUGUAUGAAAGCUAUACAUGUACGACAAGAACAGGGCAGGGGAUCGGGAUAUACACCGUAAACUUAUAGUAAUCGUUUGAUAUUAAGUGAUUUUCUCCUGAAGUUACCGGAUUAAAAGAAAUAUUACGUGAUGUUAUGACUGUUUUGAAAGAACAAAUCUUGCUGCUGUUGUUUUGAAUCACCACCAGUCUUUUAGACAUUUUAACCAACGCCUUCCUCCAGAUUGGUGGAUUUGAAUGAAAACAACCAAAAAAAGUUCGUGACGAAUAUGGGACAAACGAAGUCUGAAUCGGCGUUCUUCCUUUUUACGCCGUGGUUCGAUGAUUAUCAACCUCUGAAGAAGAAAAUUAUCGAUUCGCAUCGCCACCUCGCUUAAAUUUGUACUUAACUUUAGGAAGCUCUUACGCACUCAAAUUUUCAGGAAAUUAAACUAGUCCCAAAGGAAGCACACUUCUUUUCAGGGUUAUAUUACACUCUUAUCUAAGCGCUUUUCAUUUAAGACGAGAAAAAUAAGGUAAGUUAUGAAUUUGAAUGGUUCCUAUCAUCUGGAUUGCCUGAGUUACGUGUGUUUACUCUGACCUCGUAUCAACGUAUCUAAAUACAAACAUUUGGUGACUUUUAUUUCUUUGAUUAUGAACGUUGUAUUGGCUUGAGAUGUCCUGUUUUUUUGACACGCUUGUUAUGUUUAGCAUGUUCCUUACCUGACCAUGACAACUUAUUUAAACAAACUUCCUGUAAGGCUUUCUAAGCAGGUUCGAAUCGUGAUCAAGGGCCCUCGGGAAAGAGGUUUUUAGCCCCGGUUUGAUUGAUAAUUUUUAAGACAACAGCAUAACAAGAUUUGUAUCAUUAUUUCCCAUAGCCAGCUUUUAAAAGCAGUUUUUUUCUCAUUGACACAUAAACAGUACUUUUUGAUACUGAGUGUUUCUCGGUGAUAGUGUUUUUUUAUUGGUUUUGGUCUUGUGCUUCUUACAAAAUUUUGAUGUAAUAGAUAGCAAAAGACAUAAUUAUGUCCUCCUGACAGUAGGUUACUUUUAAAGUACUUUUAAAGUGCUCGUUCACAGAUUUUGCGACAGCUUACUUUUGGUCAUGCAAGCCUCCGUGAAAGUAGGAUGACGCGCAAGAUUGAUGAUUGCAAGUAAACUUUAUGAACUUUGCUAAAAUUCAGAUGUACUUUUUAACAUCACGAUUAAAUGCGUGGUAGAAUAAGAUAGAAAGACGUUUCACUGUAUUUCGCGCUUUCUCGAAGUGAGUUGUGUCCAGGAGGGCGCGAAUCAUGAUGAGGAAAGAAAGGAUCGGGAGAUGAAGAUAAAAACCUGGAAACAAAUUUCUAAAUAGUACCUAACACAAUGGCAUUUAACGUAUAAGCUACUCUUACUAUACAGUAAAAAAAAUCGAGCAGUCUCCUUACAACUAAAUACUUUUAACACAGUUAUCAAGUCUAACUUUGAGAUUGAUUUAUCGUGUGUCUACACGUAAGUAACCUGUUUCCUUAAACCAGAGAGAAACAGAGAAAGAAACAAAGAAAAAAACGAAGGUCAAUUCGUAGUUUUUCACACAUUGGAUUUAAAAAAAACGAUGUGACUGAGUUUACAUAUGUGACAGUGUUAAAUAAUCACUGGUCCAUUACAUCACUGCAAUCGCUAUUUUGAAAAAUAUAACGGAGGAAGAAGGCAAAUUGCUUAAAACAUAUGAUGGGUUUACAGGACGCAGCGCAAUUUCAUUGUCAGGAAACUAAUAUUUUUUUGUUUUGGUUUGAGGCUGUAGAAUUUUGCUGAUAAACAAAAUUGUGUCAGUAAAAAUAAAGAAUAUGCAGGGGUGGGAAUGAUGCAACUAUAUAUCAUCGUGCCAGCUACAAGGGUGUGUUCUACACCUGCAACGAUGCCCAGUCAUACCCGACAGUCUAUUUUGUGGAUUCUUUCCAAUUAGAAACAUUCAUGUCCUAAUUUCUACUAGCCAUGAUAUACUGUUAGUUUUCUCUGUUUCGCAGUCUAAAUACAAUGACACAAAGUGCAAGAUAAAACUGUAAUGUGACCAAAACAAAAAAAAAAUUCAAAUUUCUGCACCCUAUUUUCCGCUCGCUGUAGCGUAAUGGGUUUGAUACGCCUUCAAUCAAGUUAGUCAGUCAUCAUUUUCUUUCAUUAAAAUAUGAUUUUUUAUGUGCAAGAGAUAAUUUAAUUUUAAUCUAACAUUCUACGGUGGAGCGUUUUGUACUCACCGAUAACUAAAUGUGAAACUAUUAUUUUAUGUUUUCCUCGAAUAGCACCGAGUCACGGAGCAGAAAGUGUUUCUUCUAGUGAAGUAAACUAUACGACAAACAAAAUCACUUGGGCAGGACUUCCUAUAGAGGCGGCAAAUGGCGUUAUUAAACAUUACGAAGUCCGUCUCGAAUUAAAGGAGAGCUGUCUGACGGUUUACUUUACCUUUCAUGCGAUGAACACAACCAAAACAAGUGUAUUACUGACUGGCUUCUGGAUGUGUGCAAAGUAUGAAGUGUCUGUUAGAGGUUACACUGUGGCAGGGCCUGGACCCUAUAGCAAAGCUAUAGUCGUUCAAACAAAAAGUAUGUUGGAAAAGUGAAACUAAUGAUCUGUUGCAUCGGCUUUAUAUUUCAGAGUUUUCAUCAAGUUAUAUAAUUUUUUUUGUGUACCGUACUUUGUCCUUAUCCUAAACCUUAAAAAACACGGCAAAGUGUUCAGCAUUUUCGUUGCCUGCUUCCCAAUGACAUAGUGUAGCCAGAUACUAAGCUAUUGAGUUUUCAUUUUCAAUGUGGUUGUAAGUUCGGUCCUUUCUUUUGCUUGUACAGGUUUGAAAUUAUCCCAAACAUGGUCAAAAGAAACACCAUCUCCACCUUCCUUCUCUCAGAUUCCAAGUGGAGAAGGCAUAACAGCAAACAUAACAUUACCACGCUUUCCAGGGAUUGCAAAGUAUGAGCCCUUUUAUUGAACUUUUUUUUCUUAAGUGAAGAAUUUGCGAAUCUUUUAAGCUUUAUGCGGAAUUAAUGAACAUCCUACUUCACAGGUUCUUUCAAGUCAUUGUUAUAAGAUACAGCGUGGACUAUACUGGUGUGGUUAACUCACCUGAGAGUUUUACACCAAAGGAUUUGAUGACGUAUGAAGAGGCCCACAAAUCUCCGGUUCCUGCCGCGUAUGUCACUUUUCAGUUUAGAGGGCAGGACUUUGAUGUGUUCCGAGAAUUUGUUGUUGGAGAUGGAAGACAUUCAAGCAGUAAACCAAGAAAUAGGAGAGGCAGUGAUAAGGAGGUCUUUCUUAACAAACCACUCCAGCCAAAUACCAAUUACAGAGUGUUUCUCAGAGCCUUUAUAGAGAAGGUACAGUGACGAACGUCCUCUUUUGAAAAUGCAAACUCCUAAGACAAAAUUCAAUCUUGUUUCACUCGCAUUACAUUCAACCAUCGCUUAGAAAGUUACGUACUACUGUUCGGCCAAUCAGUCAGUCAAUUGGUCCGUCAGAUGUAUUCUUCAUUGAAGCUUUUGAUUUCAAUUGUACGAUGGGGAACAAGUAAAGAUACUUUGAGCGCAGAAAAAAAUCCCAGAGUUUUAUGGGUGAUUUCUUUCUUCCUGCUUUUUUGAUUGCAGAUGGUGUACUUUUCUAGUAACUUCGUAACGAUUGAAACCAAAGGUAAAGUUCAUGGAAUUCGUUUGUCACUGAAACGACAAAUUUUCAACCAACUCGAACAAAUAAAUUACUUAUUGCUUAUGUCAAUGAACAGCUACUUCAACAACCCUUUAGGCAAUAAAUCACGGAGUAGUAGUUUCUUUAUUUUCUCUGAAAGAUGUCCUGUUAGGGUCUCGCAUUCAUUGAGACCCUUAUCACAUAUGCCCUUUAGAGGGUAGAUCCCGGGUAAUUUCUUUUUCUCUCUGAGAAAAUGACCCUUACGAUUUGUUAUUGUUGUAAAAACUGCCGCUAACUUAGUGAAAUUCUACCAGGCGAGCCCGCCGUCAAAGACCUACCGGAAAGAACCAUUUUUCAAGUUGGCGAUGUGUUAGAAUUAACAUGUGAGGCCACUGGAGAUCCUAAGCCUUCUGUUACAUGGAGUAAAGAUGGAAAUACCAGUAUACCACGGGCUCAAUUCAGAAACGAUGACCACAUUCUUGUCAUUCAAGAGGUCGCACCUAAUGACGGAGGCAUUUAUGAAUGCAGAGCAUCAAACAUUUUUGGGCAACGCCGAACAGUUACAGCAGUGAUCAUCGCCGGUAAGUAUCAUCAACUGUGGUAUGACUGGCCACAAAAUGAAAUUUUUCCUUUAUGCGAGCAGAAGCUAAAUGCGAUUGAUGUCAGAUUUCAUGAGUGAAAUAUUCGAACCCAGGACCCCAUGAACUUUCAAAUAACGGGUAGAAACUAUGCUUAUCAGCUUUCAGAAAGUAUUAGAGGUUUUUUAUUAAACGUUCUCCUGUUAACGCCACCUACUCUUAUUCUUUGGCUGUGUGAAAGAUGUUGAAUCUUACCUUUUUACCUCCUUUUUAAACUCAGUGCCACCCAGCAUCAUGAAAGACGUUUCCCCUAGAUCAGUUCUAUGUGCAAAGGAAACUUCGUGUUCUUUGCUAUGCCACGCGACUAGUGAAAUUCCAUUUAACUACUCUUGGACAAGGAAUGGCCAGGCUCUAGAUGGCCAUAACAUUAAGGUCAUGCACAACAGUGUUAUUAUCACUCCUCUUGAUGAUCAAGAUUUUGGAGAUUAUGUGUGUCACGCCACAAACUCAUUUGGAUCUACAACUUACAAAAUAACUUUGUCAGAAAGCAGAGAAGAGGAAAAUAGUAAGUGUUGUCAAUGUUAAACGCUCUCAACGUUCAAGAAACCUUUGAUCCUUUACAGUUCUAUCUGAUUUCAGUACGUAGUGUUUAUGGAUACUUUACUCCGUCCACAGGCGGCCCAAGCUCCGGCUGUGAGAUGAUCAUCUUGCGAAAUAAGGCCUAGUUCAAACGUCGAUCUUUACAUGUACCGAACCUAACGUUUCUAUUAAGUACAUGUAAAGAUCGACGUUUGAAUCAAUUAGGAUCGGCAGAUUUGUAUAGACGUUUAAAUCAACUGCCGCUCUUAAUUAUUCGAGUCGACCCAAAUUGCAAUUAGGUUCGGUACAUGUAAAGAUCGACGUUUGAACUAGGGCUAAGAGUCAUGGCGAAAUUAUAAGAGUUUGUUUGGGAAUAUUUACGACCGAUGUUAGGAAUAAAAAAUACAAUCAAAUUCUCGAUACAAAUACCUCACCUUACUUCCACAGUGCAUCGCUUGUUAUCUGACCGUUUAUAAUGUUGAAAAGUUUGUAAAGGAGGCGGGUUACCAAGCUAGUUUUUAAUGGUCGUAUGUCAGAAUGACUGUGUACGCAGACCGUUAGAGACGUUUAAACUAGAAAUUUUUUAAGCAAACUGCGGUUUAGCGUCGGUUUCACGGGGAGGAUUGGGGUUUUUAGCGAAUUGAAAUGAAACUACAGUAUAUGUGUUUGGAUUUUCCAACAUAGUAAGUGGUCAGAUAACAAGCGAUACACUGUGGAAGUAAGGUUAGGUAUUUUCAUUGAGAAUUUGAUUGUAUUCUUUUAUUCCUAAGAGCGGUCGCAGGAAUGGGCUCCUGGCGGUCGUUAAUAUUCCCAUGCAAACUUUUAUAAUUUCGCCAUGACUCUUUUUUCGCAAGAUGAUCAUCUCACAGCUGGAGCUUGGGCCGCCCGUGCUACGUCAAAUACGUUUUCCAUCAAACGUUUAAGGAGGCUUUAUAGGGUUUUUUGACCGCGUGAGAUCUGGGUACGUACAUAGCGCGAGCUUUAAAAGUGUCAACUUGCAAGACAAGCAUGGCGGCUCAACACGAUCGCACGAUUGUUAUCUGAAAAUUUUGAGAGAUUUCAGCGAGGCAAAUUGAAGAAAAUUAAAGUCAAAGCCAAAUUUUCACUGGCGAGCGCCUCCCUUCGUAAAGCCUUAGCUUAAUGACGAAAAUCAUUUUGAUAAUAUUUACUACAGCAAACGAUAGUCCGAACCCUGCUCAUCGCCAUUUGAUGAUGUCUAGUGACCUAGAAAAGCGAAAUCGUAUAGAGAAUAAUACAUGGUUGGUUGUAGAUAUGGAAUUUCUCUUCUAUCGAGUUAAACACUGGAAGAGAAAUUCCAUAUCUACAAACAACCAUGUAUUAUAUUGUUUAUCAUAUAAACACAAUAGCCCCUUAUUGGGAAGAAAAGCCGGCUUCAAUAAUGAAUGAAAAUAAACGAAUCGACAAUCCUCGAAUGACAAUCGUAAAGUGCGUUGGCGCUGACUCUUAAUUAAGAUGGAAAAUUGCGUUGAAUCAUGAUUACAAACGCAACAAUGGUCGUAAUUUUCAAUUUACAAGAUUCUCAUUUAUUGACUUUGUCCUUACCGACAGAAGAAGUCUUUCAGGUACUCGGCUAAAAUCGGCCAGUGGCAAAUCUUCCAGUUGUCGAUUUUCAUUCUCAGCCGAGAGAAAUGCUAACACCAAAGCCACUGAAUGCGCAACUUUCGGUUUAUUUUUUUACUCAAAGUUUGAAACUCAUUGUCUGUCAGUGAUACGGAUUUUUUAGUGUUUUAGCCGCCAUAAUUCGAGAUGCCUCCGGCACACAACUUGCGUUGAGAAUCGUGAAGGCUACUGUCCAGUCUGUCUUUCCACUUGAGCAGCAUGCGUCAGAACCAGCGUCAUAUAUGGAGCUAAGUCCCAGGCCUUCGGAAGGACAAACACGAGUCCCCCCUGAAUACCAGUCCUUACAAGGGAGCCACGUGAACGCUGGGUAUUACAACGUGGUUCCCGAGGGAGGGAACAAAAGAGGAUCAAAUGAAGAAAUAUAUGAGGAAAUAGAGCUUUCAGAUUGUUAA